UGCGGCCGGCGCCGGGGUGGAGAGUUGUACGCCGGUCCCUGGGCCUGAGCUCGGGCUUGGGCUCCGGUGCCUGCGAUGUCUCAAGAUGGCGGAGCUGGGCGAAUUAAAGCACAUGGUGAUGAGUUUCCGAGUAUCUGAGCUCCAGGUGCUUCUCGGCUUUGCUGGCCGAAACAAGAGUGGACGGAAGCACGAACUCCUGGCCAAGGCCCUGCACCUCCUCAAAUCCAGCUGUGCUCCCAGCGUCCAGAUGAAGAUCAAAGAGCUCUACCGUCGGCGCUUUCCCCGGAAGACCCUGGGGUCCUCUGAGCUCUCCCUCAUCUCUCUGCCUCCGGGCACCCCUCCUGUAGGCUCCCCUGGCCCUCUAGCCCCGAUUCCUCCAGCCCUUUUGGCCCCUGGCACUGUGCUGGGCCCUAAACGUGAGGUGGACAUACACCCUUCUCUGCCCCAGCCUGUGCACCCAGAUGUCACCAUGAAACCAUUGCCCUUCUAUGAAGUCUACGGGGAGCUCAUCCGGCCCACCACCCUCGCGUCCACUUCCAGCCAGCGGUUUGAGGAAGCACACUUUACCUUUGCCCUCACACCCCAGCAGGUGCAGCAGAUUCUCACAUCCAGAGAACUUCUGCCAGGAGCCAAAUGUGAUUAUACCAUACAGGUGCAGCUAAGGUUCUGUCUCUGUGAGACCAGCUGCCCCCAGGAAGAUUACUUUCCCCCCAACCUCUUUGUCAAGGUCAAUGGGAAGCUGUGCCCCUUGCCGGGCUACCUUCCCCCGACUAAGAACGGGGCUGAGCCCAAGAGGCCCAGUCGCCCCAUCAACAUUACACCGCUGGCUCGACUCUCAGCCACUGUUCCCAAUACCAUCGUGGUCAACUGGUCAUCAGAAUUUGGACGGAAUUACUCCUUGUCUGUGUACCUGGUGAGGCAGUUGACUGCAGGGACCCUUCUACAAAAACUCAGAGCAAAGGGCAUCCGGAACCCAGACCACUCCCGGGCGCUGAUCAAGGAGAAACUGACUGCUGACCCAGACAGUGAGGUGGCUACCACAAGUCUGCGGGUGUCACUCAUGUGCCCGCUAGGGAAGAUGCGCCUGACUGUCCCCUGCCGUGCUCUUACCUGCGCCCACCUGCAGAGCUUCGAUGCUGCCCUUUAUCUACAGAUGAAUGAGAAGAAGCCAACGUGGACUUGUCCUGUUUGUGACAAGAAGGCUCCUUAUGAAUCUCUAAUCAUUGAUGGUUUAUUCAUGGAGAUUCUUAAUUCCUGCUCUGAUUGUGAUGAGAUCCAGUUCAUGGAAGAUGGAUCGUGGUGCCCAAUGAAACCUAAGAAGGAGGCAUCUGAGGUUUGCCCCCCACCAGGGUAUGGGCUGGAUGGCCUCCAGUACAGUCCUGUCCAAGAAGGAAAUCCAUCAGAGAAUAAGAAGAAGGUUGAAGUUAUUGACCUGACAUUAGAGAGCUCUUCAGAUGAAGAGGACCUGCCCCCCACCAAGAAGCACUGUCCUGUCACCUCAGCCAACAUUCCAGCCCUGCCUGGAAGCAAAGGAGUUCUGACUUCUGGCCACCAGCCAUCCUCAGUGCUGCGGAGCCCCACAAUGGGCACGUUGGGGGCAGACUUCCUGUCUGCUCUCCCACUACAUGAAUACCCACCUGGCUUUUCACUGGGGGCUGACAUCCAAGGUUUAGAUUUAUUUUCUUUCCUUCAGACUGAGAGUCAGCAUUAUGGUCCUUCUGUCAUCACCUCGAUAGAGGAGCAGGAUGCGAUUGGCCACUUCUUCCAGUACCGGGGACCCCCUUCACACUUCCUGGGCCCAUUGGCCCCACUGGGGAGCUCCCACCGCAGCUCCCCUCCAGCACCCCCUCCGGGCCGUGUCAGCAGUAUUGUGGCCCCUGGGGGGACUCUGCGGGAGGGACAUGGAGGAACCCUGCCUUCGGGCCCCUCCUUGACAGGCUGUCGGCCAGACAUCAUUUCCCUGGACUGAAUCUCCUGGAUUGUGGACCCUGUACCGCCCCCCAACACUGAGCAAGCAUGAAGUGGAGUCCAGAUUCCUGGCCAGUCUGUUGCCACUCUCACCCCUUGGGGGACUUUGGCCAAAGGCCAGACAGACCUUCAUGGAUGCCUGACUUUUUCUCUCAUCUCUGCCUGACAAGGCCAGCACCCAAAGGGUUAAUAUCAACCUCUUUUUAAGGACAUAUGGGGUCUAUUUUUGGAAAUGCUCUUUCAAUGAUUGCACAUUCCUUUGGGUAUAUUAACCUAGGCAGUGGCAGACAAAUGAUGGGAAUUGAGUUGGGGGAAGGGCUGAAUCAGCCUUAAUAUUCUUAGAGCCUUGUGAGCAGGGGGUCCUUCUCUGUCCCCUGGAUGUCCUGUCCUCCCAUCCCUCAAACCCAUGGCUCUAUUCCUUCCCCACAUCCAUUGUCUUUACACCCAUUCCGUUGUCUCAGACAAAUGGUGAAAAUGAGACGGACACAUGGACCGAGAACUCUAUUUUGGGUUGCAAAUUUUUUGGUGUACAUAAACAAGAAAAACCAAAUACUCCAAAGAUGACUUUCCCUGCCUCCCACUUCCCAGUAUGACUGAGAAGGCGAGGCCUUAGCCCUGGCCCCGAGGAGUCUGGGAUUCGUGCCUGGCCUCUUGCCUGGAUCUUUCUCUAUUUAUAUAUUUAAUUCACAAUGCUGACCAGCUCCGGGCUGAAACUUCCAGAGGCCUGUGGUUGGUUUGUUCUGCACCUUUUCUGGGAGGUAGGAGGACCCUUGUGACCUUCCUUCUCAAUCUUUUUUAGGGUCCUCCAGGACCUAGAACUUAUGUUGUAAUUUUUCCUUUUUAUUCCCAAAGUUGUAGCAAAGUUCUCACCCCUAAUAAAGGUUGUGAAUGUUC